AGUCAACACACAAAAACCGUGCCCGAUGGUCAGGUGCGAAAGUGUUGUUCAACGUAACUUGCAUUAAAAUUAAAAGUACAUUUGGAAGUUUGUGAACGCGAGAAUAUCGCAGCUAAUAAGUUUUUAAAGUGAAAUAUCAACUACAUCAUUAUGAACGACGAAACUUAUCACGUAUAUACCAGAAUGGAAAAUAUAACGGAACAGGAAGAUAAAUAUUUAGCGGGCGCAAAAAAGGAAAUAAGAAACGAUUUAACCGUUAUAAUACCCGAGAACCCUUUCCCGGAAAUAGAAGUAGACGCGUAUCCCCCACUCAAAUUCUCAUGGGUCAUUCCAAAAAAAUUAGCCGCUAUGGCUUUUCCUAGAAAUAAGGAAAAUUUGCAGUUCCUAGUGAAUCAAGGUAUAACGAAUCUAGUGACACUGACAGCUGGCAAAAAGCCUCCCGUUGAUGACAUUGCCAGACUGAGGUGGACAGAAAUACCAAUAGAAGAAUUCGAACCGCCUACUUUAGAACAGGUCAAAAUGUUUAUCGAUGUUUGUAAGAAAGCUGACAAAAAUGGCGAGGUUAUGGGCAUUCACUGUCGUCAGGGGCGCAGUCGGUCUGGCGUAAUGCUGGCUUGCUAUCUGGUUCACUUCCACCGGUUCCUGCCCGACCAAGCCUGCAAUGUCAUCAGAAUGAUAAGGCCAGGUAAUUAGCAAUAGUCUUUGGAUUAGUAUUGUCCAUUUUUUUAAUUAUCACAAGCCAGUACUAUCCCACAUUUUUUAUACAAUAAAUGUGACUAAUGAGCACGCAAAUCACCAUCAUCAUCAUCAUCAUCAUUACAGCCUUUCAUAAGUCCACUACUGAACAUAGGCCUCCCCCAAGGAAUGCCACAAAGCACGGUCCUGAGCCACCUGCAUUCAUCGAGUUCCUGCAUGUCUUACCAGGUCGUCACUCCAUCUCGUGGGGGGUCGCCCUACACUUCGCCUACCGGUACGAGGCUGCCACUCAAGAACCUUUCUUCCCCAUCGGUUGUCGGUUCUUCGAGCUAUAUGGCCGGCCCACUGCCACUUUAGCUUACUAAUCCGUUGGGCUAUGUCGGUUACUCUGGUUCUACUGCGGAUAUCCUCAUUUCUAAGUUUAUCACGCAGAGAAACUCCGAGCAUAGCCCUCUCCAUAGCUCGCUGAGCGACCUUGAGCUUCCUCAUACGGCCAGCAGUGAAGGACCACGUCUCAGUUCCGUAAGUCAUCACUGGCAACACGCACUGCUUGUACAAUUUCGUUUUAAGGUUUUGAGGUAUGUCUGACGAGAAGAUGUGUCGUAGCUUCCCGAACGCUGCCCAGCCGAGUUGAAUCCGUCGAUUGACCUCUCGGUCGAAGUUGGACUUACCUAGUCUGCGUAUUUGUCCCAGGUAAACAUACUCGUCAACAACUUCGAGCUUAGUGCUCCCAACAACUACCGGCAUAGGUGAGACAUGGACAUUAAACAUAAUCUUUGUUUUGUCCAUGUUCAUCUUAAGACCUAUCCGUUGGGAGACACUAUUGAGGUCAUUGAGCAUAGUGCUUAGGUCCUCCAGCGAUUCUGCCAUAAGGACUAUAUCGUCGGCAAAUCGAAGGUGAGUGAUGUACUCGCCAGUGAUGUUAAUACCGUAUCCUUUCCAGUCCAGAAGCUUGAAAACGUCUUCCAAUGCAGCGGUGAAGAGUUUCAGGGAUAUAACGUCACCCUGUUUUACACCUCUCUGCAAUUGGAUAGGUUUCGUAUUCUGGUUCUGUACUCGGAUAGCCAUCGUAGCUCUACUGUACAAGCACUUCAGCACUUCGAUAUACCGACAGUCAACUUGGCACCGCUGAAGGGACUGCAGCACCGCCCAAAUUUCGACGGAAUCAAAGACUUUCUCAUAGUCCACAUACGCCAGGCAUAGUGGCAAAUUGUACUCCUCGGACUUCUGUACAACUUGCCGAAGGGUAUGUAUGUGAUCUAUGGUGCUAAAGCCCUUUCGGAAACCGGCUUGUUCGGGAGACUGGAAGUCGUCAAGUCUGCGUGCGAGACGAUUCGUAAUGACUCUCGAAAACAGCACGUAAACGCGGCUCAGAAGGGAAAUCGGUCUGUAGUUCUUCAAGAGAGCAUUGUCACCUUUCUUGAAGAACAAGAUCACCGCACUUCUGCUCCACGCCUCCGGUGUAAUGCCACCACGGAGGACGGAAUUAAAGAGCCUCUGAAGGACUUCCAGUACCGGUUUUCCACCCGCUUUCAGAAGCUCCGCUGUAAUCCCAUCCUCUCCUGGGGCCUUGCCGUUUUUAAGAUGCUGGAGAGCCAUUCUAAUCUCGCUCAGACUGACGUCCGGGAUAUCUUCGGAAUAGUGUCGGAUAAGACUCGCUCUUGGAUCAUUACUCACACUUGCGUGUGGCUCCAACGAUGACGUGUACAGCUGUCCAUAGAAUCUCUCAAUCUCACUCAUAAUCUCAGGUGCCCCGGAAACGAUGCUGCCAAACUCGGUCUUCAGCUUUGACAGUUGGCUCUUUCUGGCAGUCAGAUCUCUGGUAAAGACUUUAGAGCCUUGGUUCCGCUCGAUCGCUUCUUCAAUACAAGCUGUAUUGAAGUUGCGUAAGUCCCGCCGCAUGCAUUUGGAGAUCUGUCUGUUCAGAUGCCUGUAUGCUGUCAAAUCUGUUGAAGAAUGUAGCUUCAUGUCCCGUCUAACAGCCAUGAGAUUAAGAGUGUGAUCGGAGAGUUUUUGUGUUCUUCUGCAGCGGGUCUUACAGAACUUAGCUCCGACCGCAUGGACAAUUUCCACGAGCUUGUCAUUCAUAUCGUCCACUUCAUUGCAGUCUUCUAUCAUUGCUGAAAGGUUUCGGGACUUUGGAACAGAGCACGAGGGGGACGGAGCGUUGACUUCAUUAGACGAGACCUCUCCAACUUAACGUUUAGGUUCCUAACCAUUCGAUGAUCGCUACCAGUUUUCACCCUCGCGAUCACGGAGACAGCCCGCAAAUCAUCUGAUGGUAAAUCGAUGCUGGAGUCCAUAGACAUCUACAUCUACCCUCGAUUAAGAAUCAAAAUGCAGGUGGAAUGGGUCUCCGGCUCUCCACAUCUACACUCACUGUACGAAACACUAAGCAUUAAGCAUUAAGCUGCUAUUUUACGCUAGUUUUCUGUGAGCGUGGUCCUUCCCCGAUCCAGUCAACUCAUUCGUGCUACAACUAUAAUAUAGCUGCAGCUGACGGCUCUACCAUGUUAGCUCUACUUGAUAGUAAGUGGUGAUGUAGAUGAAGACCGCUUAACGAAAGCCUAUUCAGUGUUGCCUUGAAGAUACUCAAAACUUAUAUUUAUUAUUUCUAAAACAUAAUAUUCUGUGUUUCUUCUCAGACCAUCAAAGAAAGAUAGAACACCACAUGAAAUGUUCGAGUGACGCCGAAACCAUUCUCAACUUCUUGAGUCAACGUGGUUCAUCAAUCGUUCUUUCUUUUCUUUUAAAAAUCUAGUGCUGGAUGCACACUGCUGGACAUAAUAAUUUACGAGAAUGCAUUUAACACAUCAUAAUAGUUUACGAGAAUGCAUUUAAGUGCGUUUUUUACGUGGUAGAGCCAUGCUGCAGCUAUAUUAGUAUUAUAGUUGUAGCACGAAUGGGUCAGCUCGACCGGGGAAGUACCAUGCUCUCACAGAAUACCAGCGUAAAAUAACAGCUUAACACUGCUGUGUUUCGUAUGGUGAGUGUAGAGAACCGGAGGCCCUUUUACUGGAAAUGAGGCAUUCCAUCUUAGUCCUCACGGGUGACAACGCAUCUGCAUUUUGAUUUGUAAUAGAGGAUAGAUGUAGAUGUAUAUGGGCCGCAGCAACCAUUUACCAUCAGGUGGACUGUGUGCACGUUUGUCACCCUUAGCUAUAAAAAAAGUGCGUGACUGUGUUUUUGGCAUGAUUCCGCAAUGCUUUGAAAUGUAGGUUCGCAGCGCUUCGUUCAUCUUUCUUGUUUCUCUCGGAGUGUUUCCGUUUAUUUUUAACCGACUUCAAAAAGGAGGAGGUUCUCAAUCCGAGAGUAUGGUUUUUUUGUUGUAAUGCGAUAUAUUCGCAGAUUGUGAACCAAUUUUGAUGAUUCUUUUUUAUUAAAUAUGUUAUACUUCAAGGGUCUAAAUUUAAUCCCAUAUAAAUUUGGACAAAAUUUCACCCAUAAGGGUAUCAAAUAAACAAAUUCGUUUUUUGUAAUUUGAAGUCGGUUUUUACUUUUUGUUAAAAAUUAUAUAAUUAUUCUAAAUUCAAAUUGAAUUGAUAGAUGAACUUACAGUCCUUCUGAUAGGUCCUCUGGAUACUAAACUGCAGUCCAUCUGCAGGACACCUGUAACCAACUUUUUCAUACGUGGUAGAACCAUGCUGCAGCUAAGUAUAUUAGUAGUAUAGUUGUAGCACGAAUGGGCCGGCUCGACAUGGGAAGGACCACGCUCUCACAGAAUACCAGUGUAAAAUAGCAGCUUAACACUGCUGUGGUUCGUAUGGUGAGUGUAGAGAACCGAAGACCCAUUUUACUGGAAAAGAGGCAUUCUAUCUUGGUCCUCACGGCUGACAACGCAUCUGCAUUUUGAUUCGCAAACGAAGAUAGAUGUAGAUGUCUAUGGGCCACAGUAACCACUUACCAUCAGGUGGACUGUGUGCUCAUUUGUCACCCUUAUUCUAUAAAAGAAAACUUCAAACAAAGAAGACUAGCGGAUGCGUUGUUUGCUUCAUUUCAUUCAGGCAUUCCAUCUUAGUCCUCAGAGGUUACAACGCAUGUGUUCGUUAGCCACUUUAGUUUUAUAAAAAAAAAAGUAAGACAACCCCCGCGGGAACCAACAUGCUGGGCAGUGAUAUCAUAAGAAAAAAUGCAUGUCUGAGAAAUUAAAGAAAUGUUUUGAAACAAAAAUGUCCCACCAAGUUUCGCAACUUGGUAGAGGCAUGCUGCAGCUAUAUUGUAGUUGUGGCACAAAUGGGCAACCCACCGGGGUACGACCACGCUCUCGCACAGUACCGACGUAAAAUAGCAGCUUAAUGCUGCUGAGUUUCGUAUGGUAGGACCAAGAACUGGAAACCCUUUUUACUGGAAGUGAGGCAUUCCAUCUUGGUUCUUGUGGAUGAUUACACAUCUACAAUUUGAUUCUUAAUCGAAGAUACAUGUAGGUGUCUAUGGGCCACGGCAUCCGUGUGGACUGUGUGCUCGUUUGUCGCCCUUAUUCUAUAAAAAUGAUAUACUGAGGUAACACAGUGGACUAAGGUAUCUGUUAUAAAACCUUUACAGAAAUGAGAAACUUAUGCCCUUGUGUUGAUAUACGUUGCACCCGUUUGUUACUUAACCUGAUAUUGUGUAAUUAGGUGCUCUAACUGCUACUAUGCAACGCGAUUAUUCAAUAAAUCGCGUAUAGAACUGUAAUUUUUCAGCUCAAUCUAUCUUUAGAAAGUAGCUGGUACUGGUAUACAUAGGCGUAGUUUUUCAUACACUACCUUGAUAAAGUGCUACUAGAUAGCAUUCAAGUUUAUUCUUGAUAAUUAAGUUUAUUAUUUUAUUUUACUAUAUGAUAAUUAAGUUUCUAGUUUAUUAUUAUUAUUAUAGUUUUUAAUAUAGUAUAUUUUUAAAUUUGUUAAUGUAUAUAAAUAAAAUUGUAAAUUAAUUUGGUAUAUGUUUAUUCUCAAAUCGAUUUCGAUAUGUCGAACUUUUAACAAUGAAAAGAACUUCUUUCUUAUAGGAGUGUCUAAUAUUAUACGAUUGGGGAGCUUUAUUGUUACAGAUUUUUUAGUUCUUUUCUAAAUAUUUCUGGUUGUUACAGGUUCCUUAAAUUCAUCUGAACACGAGGAAGUCGUCGAGAAAUAUUUCGAGCAUCUAACAGAAAACAAUCCCUUAAGAUUUGGCGUUAGCGGAGAGGUUAUGGAGGAAUUUAUUGAAGCAGCCAAAGAGAGUACGAAAAAAGUCAUAUAAGUGUGAUAUUCUGUGAUUUUAAAAUAUUGUGAUUUAUGAAAUAUUUUUAAUUUUGAUAAAAAAAUAUAUUGUACCUGAAUACAAUAAAAUUUAUUUACUUAUG